CGACGCAGCAGCGUGACUUUAGUAGCUGCUAAUACACACUUUAUCUUGACCUAAAAUGGUGGCGGCUUUCACCCCGUUUCUUUUGUCUGGGAUGCUGAUGUGUGGUCUGCUGCUCCACACGGUGUCCCGACAUGGAGCCAGUGUGAAGAAGCCCAACUUUAUCAUCAUACUGGCAGAUGAUAUUGGCUGGGGUGACCUGGACGCUAACCAGCCUGAAGAGAAGGCAAACAACACGCCCUACCUCAACCUGAUGGCCGAGCAAGGACUAAGAUUGACAGACUUCCAUUCUCCCGCCUCAACCUGCUCCCCAUCCCGUGCUGCCAUCCUGACAGGCCGCUACGGCCUGAGAAAUGGUGUGACUCAUAACUUUGCUGUGAGCUCUGUGGCCGGCCUGCCUCUGUCUGAAGUCACCUUGCCCCACCUCCUACAGAAAGCGGGAUACUACACCGCCAUGAUCGGGAAAUGGCACCUCGGCCACAACGGACCAUACGGUCCUACUAACAGAGGCUUCGACUACUACCUUGGUAUUCCCUACAGUAAUGACAUGGGCUGCACUGACAUACCUGGAUAUAAUCUGCCACAGUGCCCCCCCUGUGACUCAUCGUCUGGGCAUCAAGUGAUCAGAUUGGAGAGGAGUGUGCACGGAGGCUGUUAUUCCAAACUGGGCCUUCCUCUGGUUGAAAACAGCAGUAUUGUGGAGCAGCCGCUUGACCUGUGGACACUAACUGAGCACUACAAAUCUGCUGCGACCAGGAUUAUACACAAUGCAAGGGAGCGAGGACAGCCCUAUCUCCUCUACAUAGCGCUGGCUCACAUGCAUGUGCCCCUGGCUCCUCCGCUCCCCCCAGAUGCCUCAGCCACCACCCGUCACCCAGAUGACGCCAAAGUGUACGCGGCAAGCCUGCGAGAGAUGGACGGCCUGGUGGGGGCGGUAAAGAGCGCCUCCGAUGCCACAGACAAAGACAAUACUCUCAUCUGGUUCACUGGUGACAACGGCCCUUGGGAAAAGAAGUGCCAGUAUGCAGGAAGUGUGGGACCUUUCGUGGGAAAGUGGCAGACCAGUAGAGGCGGAGGCUCGGCUAAGCAGACUACCUGGGAGGGAGGUCACAGGGUGCCAACAGUGGCUUAUUGGCCCGGGAGGAUCCCUGCAAACACCACCAAAUCUGCCCUGCUCAGCGGAAUGGACAUCUUCCCAACCCUUCUAUCCCUGGCAGAGGUAACUCCCCCCUUAGACAGACGUUACGAUGGCAUUGACGCCACAAAUAUCUUCCUGCACGGUGAACAGACUGGUCAUGAGUUUCUGUUCCACCCUAACAGUGGGGCUGCGGGGAACUUUGGUGACCUGCAGACAGUUCGAACAGAGACGCACAAAGCUUUCUACGUCACAGGUGCAGCUGAGGCGUGUGGCGGUGCAACAGGCAGGCAGCAGCUCCACGACCCGCCGUUGAUAUUCGAUCUGGAGCGCGACGAGGCGGAGGAAACACCCCUGGGUGUCGAGACACCGGAAUACCAGGCGAUAGCGGAGAGGGUCGCCCGCGGGAGGGAGAAGUUGUUGUGGGACAUUGCCACCGACAAGUCCGUGUCCACGGCAGACCACAGCACAGACGCAUCAGCAGCGCCCUGCUGUGACCCAACACAGGCUGUGUGCCGCUGCCACACACUGGGCUGAGGGGUCGGGAAACCACACACACACACACACAAUAGGCUGAAAGAGAAGCCCAAAGACGCCGCAAACAGACGUGGAGACAAAUAUCUCCUUCAGAUGUGCUCAGCUGUUUUUGACAUUUUUUUGUCAAGAAGCCGCAGAAAUGUGCAAACAAGCAGAGAGCAAAGAGUUGCAGGUGGCUGAACUUUGACCAGUUGGGAUUGUGAGAUCAAUAAAAAAGAAAUCUAUCAGACAGUAAAUACAAAAUUACAAUUUAUAAAUCAAUUUGUUGCAGAGCAAUUCAUUAAUUAAUGUUUGUUGACAUCCAAAGGUUAGCUUUGCUGUUGUUAUUUGUUGGAUAUUUUACGAUGAUUUAAUAAAGGAUUUAAACAUUAUCAAUAUAAAUGAUGCUAUUUGAAAAAAACAAAAAUAAAACAGAACUACACCAUGCAGAGGUUGAAUCACUGC